AUGCCUCCUCCACCACCACCACCUCCUCCCCCUCCCCCGGGCUUGGGCGGGCCGCCGCCGCCCCCUCCUCCUCCGACUUUGCCGGCAGCCCAACCAGGUCGAGGCGCCCUCCUCGCCGACAUCCGCCAGGGCAAGGCUCUUAGGAAGACAGUGACCAAUGACCGGUCUGCCCCCAUGAUCGAGCGGCCAAGCAAGCCCAUCGGCGGCCCGUCACCAUCAACACUCAGUGCUCCUCCUGUGCCAGGUCGCGCGCGAAGCAACAGCGAUCAGGGGAACAGAGCCCCGACCGCAUCCACAUCAGUCGCCGAUGGCCCUCCUCAACCCCUGGCCGGUCUCUUUGCCGGCGGCAUGCCCAAGUUGCGCAAGACAGGGAAGGGCAUUGACACAGGCGCCCCCAACAGGAGCUCCCCCCGUACCAGGCAGGCCCCCUCUACCGCCGACCUCAAGCGCACCCUCUCCCCCUGCAAACCUCAAGAGCGCAGCCGCCUCGAAGCCCCCUCCGCCGCCAAUUGGCAAGAAACCUCCUCCGCCACCCCCAGGCUCCCGCAAGCCGUCAAACCUGCGCUCUGGCGGCGCCCCUCCCUUACCCAACGCACCAGCUCCCCCUCCCCCGUCCUCGGCACCACCAAUCCCGACAUUUUCUGCUCCAACGCCACCGCCGGCUGCCCCGCCGCCUCCUCCAUCCGCAGCGGCGCCCCGUCCUCCUCCGCCGCCGGCCCGGUCUCAACCUCCUCCCCCCCUCCUCCUCCUCCUCCUCCUUCUUCUUCUUCUUCAUCAUCAGCAGCGAACAACAUUUCCCAAAGCAUCGCGGCUCAAGCAGCUCGUCUGGCUGCCUCGAGUGCACCUCCUCCCCCGGCCCCGCCACCGCCUCCGCCGGCAGCAGCGCCCGCUGCUCCUCCUCCGCCACCUCCCUCAGCAGCGCCAGCGCCUCCUCCUCCUCCUCCUCCUCCUCCAACAAUCUCUGCUCCCUCAGCACCACCCGCCCCUCCACCGCCCCCCCCUCCUCCAGCAGCAAGCUCCUCUGCCCCCUCACGCACACCCUCUCUUCGCUCAUCCCUUCUCGACCCUGCAAGCUUUACCCUCACGCCGAACGGCGCCAACAGCACCAGCGGAGGGCACAGCCGUUCCCCAUCUGGGUCACAUCUUACUGUCCCAGGGCAGAACGGGCAUAGUCACGACGGGAAAAAGAAGGAGCGGUAUAUCGUGCACGAUCCGAGAUGGAAGUUUACGCGUGAGGAGGACUUCCCCAAGCCGAGGGAAUUUGUUGGGGGUGUGAGGAGAUAUAGGGCGGGCAGGGGGAGCAGUGUGCCGUUGGAUUUGAGCGCAUUUUGUUAG